GACAUAAAUACUGUGACACGAAUAUUUAUUUACAAAAUCAUUUGUUUGUUCCCUUAAGAUUGAGAUUAUUUCAUUUUCAUUGUGACUUAAAUUCGAACGUGGGAUAUUUUUCUCCGUAUUAGGUAUGUAAAUGUAAAAGAAAACUGAAGAAAACAUGACCUCAGUAACACCACAAAACGACGUAGAAUUAAACGCUACCGAAGAAAUUGAACAAUACAAAAUAGAAAAAAUUACUCUCGAUGGAGAACUGCUAUCAUCAAGUCUACCCCAACUAGAAAUGUCUCAAAGUCCGAAAAUAAAAUCAGCAAGGGACCGUUCAGAUACCAAUGAAAAGACUUCGAAAUACUCAGGUAGAAAAGGCUCACCGUCUCCAAUUAAAAGGGAAAUAACACCACGAACUAAAUCUGCAGUAUGUAAACCAACAGUGUCCUCGAGUAUUCCCUUACCCAUAUCUAAACCGUCGAAGCCGGCUCACCCCUGCAGGGUUUCCAGCCAUAAUGUCGUGAAAUCCAGUAGCAGCAAAUUGUCCAAACCGGACUCAAGUUUGCUGAGAACUGUUGGACAAAAUAUAAGUAAACACACUUUGGAAAUACAAUUUUUGAAUAAAAAGAGGAGACUCACGCAAUUACAGAAGGAUCUAUUGGAAAAACAGAAACCUGUCUUGGAUCUUUACCAAAGUCUUUUGCAGAUCAAGAAAAAACUUGAAAAUCUAGGAAAGAGUGUUUGCUUGGAAGAAAUUAAAUUGGUUCCUGCCUCAGGAAUAAUUGGUUCUCAAGAAUGUCCAGAUGGAGCCGGAGAGAGCGUCCAACCAGAAGUAAUUCUCGGUAUGCAAACUUCAAUCGAAGAUAUCCCGAAAACAUUGAUGGAGCUAUGCAAAAACCUUCUAUCCAGAAGAAAUGUCAUCGUCGAUCUUUUGGAUAGCAUUGUAAAGUCGGAUAUAAACGUUGCCGAAUUAACGGAACAAAUUGAGAAGUUGAAAACGGAAGGAAUUCAAUUGCAGGAAGCAUUGGAUGUCGUCAUUAAUGAGCAUCAAGGGAAAAUUAAAGAGAUCGUGAAAAACUGGCACAUAUUGAUUAACAAUAGGAAAGAUUUAGGUACGAAUUUGAAAGUUGAGGAACUAGAAGAGAAGAUGAAAUCGCAGGAAACGCUCAUUGCCGAAGCUAAUCAGGUUAUUCACGAUUUGCAGAAAAAAAUUGAAGACAAACGUUUCAGUUAUGAAAAAUCUAUGAAGGAUCUCAAUGAUGUCAUACACGGAUUAAGAAAUCAAGUCCAGAAAUUGGAGUCCGAUCUCGAAGCAGAAAAAAAGAAUGUAUCUGAUUAUAGAUCUCGUAUAAAUACUAAUCAUCAAGCUUCGAAAAGUAUGAGAAAUAAAAUUACAGAUUUGGAAAAUGAAAAGAAAAACACCGAUAGUCUCAACGCGGACCUUAACAAAAAAGUCAAGCAAUUGCAAGAUCAGCUGAAGCACAAGGAAGCUCAAUGGAACAAAGAAAAGGAAGAAAUGACGAAGAACAUGAAACAUCAAGAAAAUAUGCUACAAAAAUUGUCUUCCGACAAAUCGAGCUUCGAAACCAGAUUGGAAGAGAUACAAGGAGAACGUACCAUGUGCGAAGAGAGUCUAAUGUCGAAAUUGGCAUCGCUCCAAAGCGAAUUGGAAACGGUUAAGAGAGAACUAGAACAGGCGAACGCGGAAAAGAACGAAGCUCAAGAGAAAUGUAAAGGAAUGGAAGAAUUGAUCACUAAAAUGGGUUUGGAUAAUAAAGAGACGAUGAAUAUGGUCAGCAAUAGUAUGAAUUGGGGUAACGAUCUUUCGAAAGGCACUACAAAAGCUAACGAAUACUCCGAAAGUAUGGUUAAAGAUAUAAUUAUUCAGGAAUACAAAGAUAAAAUCAGAGAAUUAGAAGAAGAAAAUAACCUUCACAGAGAAAAGAUAGCUACGGUGGAGAAAAAUAGAAAAGUGCCACCAUCAGAAACGGAAAAAAUUGUUAUGAAUCAACACGAUAUCGUCUCCAAAUACAAACAACUUUUAUCGGAGAGUGAAAAAAAAUUAACUGAAAAAUUUCUUGCUUUAAGAUCACAGGAAGUGGCCAAACUGACAUCGGAAAUUCGUCAAUUGAAAGUUCGACAAGAACAUUUGGAGGAACUGAACCUGAAAUGUCCAACGGAAAAUCUACAGAAAAUGGUGGAAGAAGGUAGAAACAAAUUGACGGAACUGAUGAGGAAAUCUUUAGAAAGCGAACAGAAAAUUAUACAAUACGAGAGCAUUAUAGAGAAGCAGAGUAAACAGAUGAACGAAAUGGAGAACAGAUUGAGGUAUCAAGUUAGCAUCGUAGAUGUUUUGAAAGCUUCCAGGGAGGAAUUGAUCAUCGACAAAGACAGUUUAACGAGAUACACUCAGGAUUUGAAAAACGCUUUGUUAGAAGUGAAGAAGGAAGGAAAAAUGAAAGAACGUUUGAUAAAAGAGCUACAAGAGAAAAUAGACGAUCGGGAGAAGCAGAUUAAUAAGUUGAAUAAGGAAUUGAAAGAAUUGGAGGUUAAUCUGAAGAUGACAAACGAUAAACGUUACAAAUUGCAAGACACGAUAGUGAGCAUGGAAAAAGAACUGCAGGCGACGAAAGCCCAUAUCAAUGGAUUAGCUGACAUAAAUACACGGUAUGAAUCCGGUCAAGGAAAGCUAAGUGAUAGAGAAAAAAAUAAUCAGGCACUAAUGGAGGAUUUAUUGCGAACGCAUAUGGUUACUUUAAUUUUAUUCUUUAUAAUUAGAAAUCGUAGUUUCCCUUCUACAUAUAAAUAAAUUGUCUAUACAACAUUUA